AUGGAGAAAAAACUAAUAGUGCGAAUGGCUACGGACAGCUAUGAUGAGAUGUUCAAUUGCAACCAACUCUAUGAAGAAGUAAUUGGAUGUCAGAUUCGCAUUUUGAAGGCAAAGCUGGAAUGGCUAACCACUGAUCCGUUAAAGGUCGCUUGCGACGCUUCAACGAUCGAUGAAAUUAAUGAGCCCAUCAAAGGGAUUAUGCAAAUUGUAAGCGAACUGAUACGGUCUGGAAACGAGGAGCGAAAACAGGACAAGCUUCGUGCACUCAACGAUAGUGUGACUGCUCUUGAAGACGAUAUUACCAGCAUAUUCUACCAUGACUUUUUGUAA